UUUUCCCUCUUUGUUCUCAGAGAUAACGGAGAAUGCAAACGACUUCAAGACAAUGAGUUCCCACUGAUAACGCGAGUGAUGUUGGGACCAAAUGAAUCGGCGGCCAAAGUGUUCAUAUUUAACAAGAAUAAGGACGAGAUAUCCAGUGAAGUCGCCCAAUACCUGCGCUUAUCGAACCCCGAGCUCCAGAUGUUCCUCAAGAAGUUCGAAGAGGAAGAGAUCCGUGAGAUAAACAAACUGAAGAAGAGGUUCGCAGACGUGAAGAAAUGGAUUAAAUUAAGACUUAAAGAACUG